AUGACGCCUGCUCUGCGCGGUGGCAUCCCUCCACCAAGGGCUUCGUCGCCCCGAGUGGUCUCGGUCACGCGGGGUCAAGCGCGUCACCUGCCGACAAUUCAUUUACGAACAAGCACACCUCCGCGUUAUCGAUUUGAAGUGCAGCGUCCGGUUCAAUGUGCUGCUGCCUCGUCGGCGUGCAUGACGCCGCGCAGGGUCCGGAUCUUGAAUAACGAGGAUGCUUCAGCUGACAGCUUCCAGACGCCACCGAAAGAGUCGCGGAAGCCGGCGACCGAUGCGCAGUUCACCACGCUCUUGCCAAACUCGCUGCCUGCUGCAACUUCCCACGGACAGUAUGCCACCUUGACCGUGGAGGAGCUGUUGAAUCUGAAGUCGGAGUUGGUGGCCGCGCAGGACGCGUGGCAGGCUGCCGGUGCGCAGCAGCAUGAAGCUGAGGCCAGCAUCGCUCAGCUGAAGGACGAGUUGUCCGGGAUGAAGGCUUGCUUAGAGCAAGUUCAAGAGUAUCGCAACCAAGAUCAGGCCAGCAUGGUUGAGCUGAAGCAGGAGCUGGUCACCAUGAAGGUGGCUUCACAGUCAUUGCAGCGAGAGCUUGAAGAUGGAGCUGGUUGCCGUGCAGCCUUGGCUGCUCUACUGGAUCAGCGCGAGCAGGAGCUGUUGAAUCUGAAGUCGGAGUUGGUGGCCGCGCAAGACGCGUGGCAGGCUGCCGGUGCGCAGCAGCAUGAAGCUGAGGCCAGCAUCGCUCAGCUGAAGGACGAGUUGUCCGGGAUGAAGGCUAGCUUAGAGCAAGUUCAAGAGUAUCGCAACCAAGAUCAGGCCAGCAUGGUUGAGCUGAAGCAGGAGCUGGUCACCAUGAAG